CGAGAAAAAAAACCCAGUAUAUGUCAUUGGAUUCCAAGAACCAAAAAGAUAAAAUCUCCGAUCGAAAGUUAGAGUCUUUGCUCUAAACUCACCAGUCUACCUGCUUGCGUCGCCUCCGAUCGAUUUGGAGCUCCUUAUCGGCCACUUUCUCGCGGCUUCUUUGUUCGAAGAUCUGAUCUUCUACUGAUUUGUUGUUUCAUCGAUGAUCCAAUGAUCUUUCCUGAGGUUUUUUAGGAAUCUAAUUCACCUUGAAGCUGUACCUAAAGCUCAUGGUUUUGGUUUGAGAUUUUGAAUGGAACGUCUUGGGUUUUGGGGAUUAUUGAUGGGUAGUGUGGAAAAGUCAUCAGAUUCACGAAAGUUUGUUCCUUUCUCGAAAAAUGGAGACGAAGAGAGUGGUGAAACGUUCUUCACUACUACGUCAUCGAAGCAAGCUUCACCGUUGAAACGUUCUUUAUCAAGAAACACAAGCCCCUCUAGGCAGAUAGUGGUGAAGACGAAGCCACGUGGUCUAGAGGAAGAAACAGUAGCUUCUUUCGGUAAACAAGUCGUUGCUGAUGUGCCUAUGGAGGAGAGUAUAUGGGCAAUGCUUCCAGAGGAUCUACUAAACGAGAUCUUAGCGAGACUUCCACCGUUUAUGAUAUUUCGAAUCCGUUCCGUUUGUAAAAAAUGGAACUUGAUUCUCCAGGACAAUAGUUUCCUCAAGUUUCAUUCGAACGUCUCGUCUCACGGACCUUGUCUACUCACGUUUUGGAAGAGCUCUCCUCAGGUUCCGCAGUGCUCGGUGUUUAGCUUGCCGUUGAAGACGUGGUACAAAGUCCCUUUCACGUUUUUGCCUUCGUGGGCGUUUUGGUUGGUUGGUUCUUCAGGUGGUCUCGUUUGCUUCUCGGGGCUUGAUGGUUUGACUUUCAGAACUUUGGUGUGUAAUCCGUUGAUGCAGAGUUGGAGGAUUCUUCCGAGUAUGCAUUAUAAUCAACAGAGGCAGCUGAUUAUGGUUGUGGACCGUUCUGAAAAGUCGUUUAAAGUCAUUGCAACAAGUGAUAUUUAUGGAGAUAAGUCGCUUCCUACUGAAGUUUAUGAUUCCAAGACUGAUAAAUGGUCUUUGCAUCAGAUAAUGCCUGCGGUGAACUUAUGCUCUUCGAAGAUGGCUUAUUGUGAUUCCCGGUUAUAUCUAGAAACUCUUUCGCCUCUUGGUUUGAUGAUGUAUAGGCUUGAUACAGGGCAGUGGGAACACAUUCCAGCUAAGUUUCCGAGAUCUUUGUUGGAUGGUUACUUAGUCGCUGGGACUCAGAAGAGGUUGUUUCUUGUGGGAAGGAUUGGUCUCUACAGUACCUUACAAAGCAUGAGGAUAUGGGAGCUUGAUCACGCUAAGGUUUCUUGGGUGGAGAUAAGUAGAAUGCCACCAAAGUAUUUUCGAGCGCUUUUGAGGCUUUCAGCUGAGAGGUUUGAGUGUUUUGGACAAGAUAAUUUGAUCUGCUUUACGUCGUGGAAUCAAGGAAAAGGUCUUUUGUAUAAUGUGGAUAAGAAGAUUUGGUCUUGGAUCUCCGGGUGUGCUCUUCAGUCAUGUAACAGCCAAGUUUGUUUUUAUGAGCCAAGAUUUGAUGCUUCUGUCCACUGAACAAUAAUAGUGACAACUUGGAUGCUUAGCUAAAAUGGUCAGAGAUAUUAAGUUGAAGAGCAGUUUGUGUAUACCUCCAAUGUUGAAGAAGAGUUCAUCAGCGAUGAUAUGCUACACCACCAAUGAUUAACCAUUUCGAGGAGAAAAACUGUAAGCUAAACUUGUUUCUAGCUUUAUGUAUAUUAAUAUCACUGGAUAAGAAUACUUUCUCUACAUAUCAUUGUCUCAUCCUCAUGGAUUUUUCUUUUCUACAUCUUGAAUGUAAGCUUCACUUUACAAAUAAUG